GUGUGGAUGUGACAGUUUGCUGAAUUUAGGCCCAUCCCCUUCCCAUCGUUCCUAUGGUUACGCGAGUUCACUCCCCCCCCCGUUCGCGUUCCGAUUCUGGGCCCGGUUAUCUUGAGAUCCGGAGGUGCGGGGAUGGAAGGCGGCGAUGCCGCGGACCCCAGCCCCGGCACAGCGAGCAUGUUCUCUUUGUUGGGGCUCAGGGCCGCCUUGCGGACCGUCCCCGAGGCUCCGACUCCCGGCUCCCUGGACUACCUGCAGUUCCCGUGGCAGUGCGACCACCGCGUGUGCAAGAUAGUUAGCCGCCGCCGCCAGGCCGCCCGGCUACACCGCAAGGUGUGGCCUCUCGGCAAGGAGAUCCACGCUUUGAAACGGUUGAGAGAAGCUGCCAACUCUAAUGAUUUAGAAACAGUGCAGCAGCUUCUGGAAGAUGGGGUGGACCCCUGUGCAGCUGACGACAAAGGCCGAACGGCCUUGCACUUUGCUUCCUGCAAUGGAAACGACAGUAUUGUGCAAUUGCUUUUGGACCAUGGAGCUGACCCAAAUCAACGAGAUGGACUAGGAAACACUCCCCUUCAUUUGGCUGCCUGCACGAACCAUGUUCCCAUCAUCACCACCCUGCUCCGUGGAGGAGCUCGAGUAGAUGCCUUGGAUCGAGCUGGAAGGACUCCUCUGCACUUGGCCAAAUCAAAGCUCAACAUCUUGCAGGAGGGCCUCUCACAGAGCCUGGAAGCAGUGCGCCUUGAAGUAAAGCAGAUCAUCCAGAUGUUGCGGGAAUACCUUGAACGCCUUGGGCGUCAUGAACAGCAAGGACAGCUGGAUGACCUUUGUACCAGACUACAGAUGACAAGCACAAAAGAGCAGGUGGAUGAGGUUACUGACCUCCUGGCCAGCUUCACCUCACUCAGCUUGCAGAAGCAGAAGCUAGAGAAGAGGUAACAGGCUUUUCUGCUCUUUUCUCAAUCAGACGGAGAAGCUUCAGGAGAAGGAGCAAAUGGAGCUCUUCUGCAAGACUUCAAACCUGCUACUGCUAGUACCAAGCACGCUUUUCCUAUUGAAUAUACAUGAAUGGUCCAAAGACUUGUUGGGCCAUUGUUGCUGCCUUGGACACUUCCUUCAGGACAGGAGGUUAAUGCUGAGGUUCUGACCUUGGGGGACAAAGGGCCAUUUUUAAUGCAUCAGGAUGACUAUUUUAGUAAGUGGGGUCACAUUUUGCAGGAGAGUUGCCCCAUUAUAAGAAGACUGUCCUUUCAGAAGUAUCUUCAAGGUCCUGUAAAUGACAAAACUAAUGUACUUUGAGCACAUUGGGGGAAAUGACAGCUGCUGGGCGUAUCAUCAUACACAGCUUAAUCUGAUUUUCAUUCCAAGUAUGUUAAGGACAUGAAUUUUUGAGCAGUUUUAUAGAUGGUGGGAGGCUGCUGAACAACUAAAUUUUAAAUGGGGGCAGUAUUUUGAACUGAAAAAGGGCUGAAAGGCCAGCAAUACUAGCAUUGCCCACUGCUAAGAUACAAAAGAACUCUUUAACCUCUUUCUGCCUCCCAAAUAGCUACAGAGGUUUUGACAGAGUUCUUCCUUUAUGCCCUUCCUUAUGAAUCUGAUCACUCUCAAUUCCUGCCUUUUGGUUCAUGAGCAGGAGUUGGUGGCUGAGUUGUGCAAGGAGAGAACUCUGUCAAAGCCUCUUGUCACUCAUACUGAGAAGGCAAGUCAGAGACUUAAAGAGCUCCUUGCUUGUAUCUAUCUGCUAGCAAAGAAGAAAGCAGCUUUUGCAUAAUAAGGGGCUCCCUAGGACUGGGGCCUAAUGAAGGGCUGCAGUGAGCCCCCAGGCUACCAGUUGCCUAUUCCUACUGUAUGGUUCCUUCGACUUUCUCUCUCCCUCCCUCCUCCCUGGUUACUUCUCUCUUCCUCUGCCAGUUAACAUUAUCUGUUCUAGAAAACUAGAGAUGGAAGGAGCGUACAGCACACUGGUGUUGCUCAGUGCUGCUUCAUACACUACUUUUCUUCCUUCAAAGUCCUAGGACUUACUCAGAAGUAACAGCAAACCACAAUUUGGUGAGUUUGGAUGCAAUGACAAAUCAUGGUUUGUUCUAAACCAAGAACAGAAGCUUUAAAUCUCUACACACACAAGAAAGGGAGUGGGGAGAAAGUGAUCCCAAGGUUUGUGCUCAUAGCAACAAACCAAGCCAGUAGUCUCCAUGUUGCAUUGCAUGGAUAUUGCAAUAAAAGGGUUGCUUUUCCAGUGCGGGUGCAUGCAUUGGACAGAUGAUGCUUUCGUGAUAACGCUGCUGUAUUUAGCUGUGGCCAUGGAAAUGUGUCUCUUCCUGUUUGUGGUUGCCUAAGUCGUAAUCAACUUGAAGGCAUAUAACAACAACAACAUUUGUAUCACUGAUGUGAGGAUAGCUUGCUUUCUCAUUCUGGGGUUACAUUUUUUUCAAAAGAGGAUAAGAGAAGAACUCGUCUUGCCUGAUAUAUGCCAGCCCAUCAGACUAAAAGUCCUCAAGGAUAUUGUUGCCUCAUAACAGCGUAUUUUGACUUCAGCCAGCCCAAGUUUUUAAUAGGAGGGGGCAUACUUACCAAAUCCAUUCUUGUGGUCUGUUUCCUGUAUCAUUGAAAUUCCAAGACUGUUUUAGGACCUUGAGCCUAGCAGGCUAUCACGAUAGCCUUUUUUCUUUAAGUGUGCUGCUUUUGUGGCAAACGGCAUAACUGGAUUCGUAUCUUUAAACAGAAGUCAAAAUCUUGGAUUUCACGAGCUAAACAGCUGUGAUAGGAGAAUACUGAAUGCUCAGGGGAGGAGAGUUUGGGACUGAUUUGACUCUGACCUUGCCGGAGGUGUCACUGUGAAUACGAAGAACUUUAUUCCAAUGUGCAAGGAGGGUGAAAGGCAAUUUGAACUUUUCCACUGUAAACGUCAAUAAAAUGCUGUCUUGCUUUCA